AAAAAGUGUGCCCGUGACCUGAGCGCGCGCAACUGCUAGCUAAAACCAUGGAAACCAUGAAACUGUCGUUGCCUAGGCUACAUAACUGUCUGCUACAUCACUUUUUAGUUUAAUUAAUGGUGGAACGACCAAAAUGACGAGCGUGGAUAUUAUUAAUGACAAAAUCCAUUUCAGGCAUGACCCCAAGUGGAGCGGCCGCCUGGUGCCUGCAGAGGGAGGCGGGCUGCUGCUCUGUGUGGCCUGUGUCAUUGAGAUGAUUGACAGUGAAGAUAUAGCGUCAGUGAGGAAAUCUUUUGCCUUGUCUGGCAUCAGCGGGGUGCUGAAGUGUUCUCCGGGGGCCUUGAGAGAGCUGCUCCGACAGGACCACAGAGUCUCUCUGCAUUUUACAGCUUCCCUACUGGGGAUGCUUCACACCAUGAAGGACCCAGCCACUCUGGAAAAGGUUGACCAAGUGCUGGUUCAGCUGCUUUUGGAGCUCCAGUGUGAGCUGUCGUAUCGCUUUGUUUUGGAUGAGAUACACAAACAGCUGAGUGACCAGCUCUGUGUGAAGGGUUUCCAGCCCACCUUCAACUUCUUGGGGAACCUGGUGGAAGCCGUCCCCAACGUGGCCCACAGUCUGGUGACUCAGUAUGUCCCCUUACUGGAGCACCUGUGCUCGGCCAUGCUUUACCCAGAUGAAGCUCUGAAAGCCUCGGCCCUGUAUGUGUGGAUCAAACUGUUUGGGACAGCCGGGGGCUCGGUUGCUCAGUCCUUGCCCAGUGCCAUCAGGGAGAGAGUGUGUAUCCUGUUGCUUCAGACUUUGGCCAAUGCCAGCUCCCCCCAACUCAUCAAUAACUGCGUUGGUCUGCUGUGGCUGCUGGUGCAGCUGGGAGAGGCAGUGUCCGUUCUGAUGAACAGCCCCGGCAAUCAGAUCAUGUGCCAUGAGAACCAGGACAUCCAUACCAACAACGGCCAGAACCAAGAGCAACAGUCCCCUGACCAAUGCCCUCUGCCUCUCAUACUGAAAAAGCUGCUGAUGAGUGGUGAUGAGACGUUGCAGGCGACAAGUGCGAGGUGUAUUGCAUUCGUCCUGGUUCAUUCUCCCAGUCAUUACAGUCCUCCCUUCAUCAAGGCUGACGUACCUGAGUUUCUGUUUGACCGUCUGGCCAGUAGUACUAGUGAGGUGCUGCUGUGGUCUGCCUACAGCUGUUUGGUGUUACUGACUAACGACCCACUCUUCUUCUCCCAGUGUCACUCUGUCUAUGGUAUUGAGUCCCUAGUGCGCAGUCUGAAGGAGACUCUGCAGCUGACCAACCUGGACGUGCCGAAACAAGGUCUGCUGCUCCUUACUGAGAUACUGGAAAGGCAGCCCCCAAGCGAGCGUCUCUUCCCCAGUGGUUCAGGGUUCGUGGCAGUUUCAGAAGCUGUGUUAGGUGGAGUCUCCUCCUCCUGUCUGCUGGUAGCCAUACAGGCCGCCACCGCUGCGUCUGCUUUGUUCAGACUGAACCACCAGUCCAGACCAGUCCAGUACGGGAAGAUAGAGGGAUUGAUUGAGGCCAUCACUGACAGAUUCUUCGAGCUGGCCCUUCCCUCUCCUGCUCAUCGUCGAAGCUCUAGGAGUCUGAAGAGGUCAGACCCCAACAGCCAGACUACCAAGUCCGAAAAAUUUCUGCUCCAGGCCCUGGUCUGUUUUCAGGCUGCCUGCAGGUUGGCCGAGGAGUGUGCAUCAGAGCCUGUUCUGAAGGAGAACACGUUCACAGCUCCAUCUAAACACAGCCACACUCAGGACUCAUUGGAGUCUCUGUGUCAGUGUCUGCUGCGCUGCUGCGACUUCGUCUGGAUACCCACCGUCAUUAGGAUGUGUGAGCAUGCACCCAACCCUCAGAUACUGCAGUACUUCUACUCCAUCUUAUCCUCCCAGUUCACCCUGCUUCCGUCUCUUAUGCCUGUCUUUGCAAAUAAGCUAGCGUCCUCUGGUUUCUACAGGCUGCCUCUGGAACACAAAGGGCUCCUCUGUGCGGGAAACAGGCAUCCAUAUCUGAAUACAUCUUGCUGUGGUUUUCUACAGAAACUCAGUAUGUGUCUGCUGUUCCAGUCAGACCCUGCUUCUGGCGCCUGUCAGCGUGAUGUUGAGGAGGUGGAGAAUCUCCUGCUAUACAACCUUCCCUCUCUGUGUUACCGUCUGUCAGACUGGCCCUCUCUGCUGCACGAGGAGCCGGUGCUCCAGCUGUGUGAAUACAAAGGACCAAGGGCCACCCAGUACUGUCUGGUGAUCAUGCUACACCUCGCCCUGCAGCAAGGAGACAGACUCCUCCCAGACCAGACGGUGUUCUCCAGUGUGCUGUGGCUGUUGCAUUCGGUGCAGGCGCAGGGCAGCUGUGGCCUGCCUCGCUCUGUGCUCCGCUCUGCCCUCUACCUGCUGGCAGUGACACAGGACAAGAGCCCCAACCUCGACGGGCCUCCUUUGAACUGCAUCAGCAAGGCGCUCUCCUCCUGCCAAAGCUUCUCUUCCCUCUACAUCCACCAUCCUGCACUCCUCCACUUCAUCUGUCGAUAUCCGGAUCUAGCAGAGAAAUUUGGGCCCCUGGUCCUGGAGCUUUGGUUGACCAAGCAAGCACAGCACACAGAGGCAGAGCAGACCAUGGUAAGGGAACAGGCAGACACACAGGAGAAGGGAGAGAAGAGAGAAAACAGUGAUCAGGAGCCAGACACAGAAACUAUGGAGCUACUGACUCUGAUAGAGAAGUACCCAGCUGUCAUACUGAUCCUCCUGGACAUGGUUUGUACCAGGGAGGUCCCCCUGGCAGAGCGAGCCCUGGCGGUGCUGGAAGUUCUUUUGCGUGGUCAAAGACACUACGAGGCUGACUUAUGUGCCGAUCUUAGGCCGGCCCUACUGCAAGCGUUACAGAGGCACAGUGUGGAGAACAUGAGCCAUGGGCUCGGACAGGGACACACUGCACAAGCAGUGAACUCACUCCCUCUGGUGCUGAAGCUGCUUUGUGCGAUGCAGGCCAGUGAUCCGCCUUCAUUGUCCUCCUAUAGUAAGAUGGACGGAGUGCACUUCAAGCUGCUUUAUCACGUGAGUAAUAUAGCAGGGAGAUUGAAGCCUACCGACACAGGGAGCCUGCUUCCUGCCUUCAGCUACCUGUACUGCUGCCUGAGUCUGUCCCCUGCACACUGCACUGACAGAGCUGUCUCCGUGCUGCUCUCCAACAGUGGACUGAUGGACCAGCUGCAGACAGUCCUCUCCUCCUCCUCCUCCUCCUCCUCCUCUACUCCAUCCCUCUCUCCAUCAGCCUGUCCUCCUUCAGCCCUGCUGUGCUGCAGCCAUCUCCUCCUGUCCUACCUCAUUACCUUGCAGCACGUUCACUCUGCUCAGGUCCAAAAGAGCAUCAGCUGGAGUCUGGACUCAGCUGUGCAGCGACUCCUUGUUCAGAAAAGAAACACAGACAAUCUCCUGCUAGUCAGCUACCUGAGGUUGCUGCAGGCUCUCCUUGAUGCUGACCUGGCAUCAGCAGUGCUGCGUCUGAGCACUGGUCCCGGCCUGGUCGGGCCAAGACCUCUGGGGGUCGAAGACGGCGCUUUGUACCCGCUUGGCUCCAGAGGAGCCCAGUGCCUCUCGACUGCUCUCAGUGGACUUCUUCUUCAGAAGCACGAGCUGUUGCUGAGAGCCUCAGUCAACUGUCUAAGCUCCCUGCUGGGCUUCCUUCAGAGGAAGAGUCCCACUACAGCAAAGUACGUGGUGUGUCAGCCAUGGACUCGAUUCCUCGUCUACUGCCUGCUCAGCUCAGGAGAGAUCUGCCGUCUGCACCCUGCCAUUCUCAGACUCAUCACAAUUCUCCUACAACACGGCAGUACGGUGGUGCUGUGGGAGCCUGACCUGCUCCAAGUGAUGGAGGCGGUGGAGAGGAGGGGGGUGAAGGAGCUCAGCGAGGAAGCAGCACAGGCCCUCAGGCUGCUCCUCUCACAGAUCCAGAUCGGUGUCCUGCAGCCGCCACUCACAGAGGAGCACCAGCAGAGAGUGGCGGCUAUGAUGGAGUCCCUUAACCUACAGACGCCAUCCGAGAGCUGCAGCCCCAGUCUGCCCAGCAACGUCUUGCGUGUUGGAGACGUGUCCAUCUGUCUGUCUGACUUUACAGUGACAGCAGGCUGAUGUUGCGGCAAACAAUUUGUUUCAUUGUUCAUUUAUUGUUACAUACCUUUAAUUCCUAUAAACCUUGUUUGUGUUUUCCGUUCUGCUCUUAAAGCAGCACAUGAACCUGCCUACAUUCCACACUGAAAGAAUUUACCGCAUGUAUUUUUUAAGUAUUUAGAAGCAGUGUUUAAACAAGUUGGAUAAGCAGUGAUCUUUAGUCAUUAAAAGAUACAAAAAAA